AUGGCCGCCGCUAUCACCGACAUGGCCGACCUGGAGGAGCUCUCUCGCCUGAGCCCUCUGCCCCCCGGCAGCCCUGGCCCGGCGGCGCGGGGCCGGGCUGAGCCCCCCGAGGAGGAGGAGGAAGAAGAGGAGGAGGAAGAGGAGGCCGAGGCCGAGGCGGUGGCAGCGCUGCUGCUGAACGGCGGCGGCGGUGGGGGCGGCGGCGGCGGAGUGGGGGGCGGCGAGGCGGAGACGAUGUCGGAGCCGAGCCCCGAGAGCGCCAGCCAGGCCGGGGAGGACGAAGACGAAGAAGAGGACGAGGAGGAGGAGGACGAGAGCAGCAGCAGCGGCGGAGGCGAGGAGGAGAGUAGCGCCGAGAGCCUGGUGGGCAGCAGCGGCGGGAGCAGCAGCGACGAGACGCGCUCGCUGAGCCCCGGCGCCGCCAGCAGCAGCAGCGGGGAUGGGGACGGCAAGGAGGGCCUGGAGGAACCCAAGGGACCGCGGGGCAGUCAGGGCGGCGGCGGGGGCGGCAGCAGUAGCAGCAGCGUCGUCUCUAGUGGCGGCGACGAGGGCUACGGGACCGGGGGAGGCGGAAGCAGCGCGACCUCCGGGGGCCGGCGAGGCAGCUUGGAGAUGUCGUCGGAUGGGGAACCCCUGAGCCGCAUGGACUCGGAGGACAGCAUAAGCAGUACUAUAAUGGAUGUAGACAGCACAAUUUCCAGUGGGCGUUCAACUCCAGCAAUGAUGAAUGGACAAGGAAGCACUACUUCUUCAAGCAAAAAUAUUGCCUAUAAUUGUUGUUGGGACCAGUGCCAGGCUUGCUUCAACUCUAGUCCAGAUCUGGCAGAUCACAUCCGUUCCAUACAUGUAGAUGGUCAGCGAGGAGGGGUAUUUGUUUGCUUAUGGAAAGGUUGCAAAGUGUAUAACACUCCAUCAACCAGUCAGAGUUGGUUACAGAGGCAUAUGCUGACACACAGUGGAGACAAACCUUUCAAGUGUGUUGUUGGUGGCUGCAACGCCAGCUUUGCUUCUCAGGGAGGGCUAGCUCGCCAUGUGCCCACACACUUCAGUCAGCAGAACUCCUCAAAGGUUUCUAGCCAGCCAAAGGCCAAAGAAGAAUCUCCUUCUAAAGCUGGGAUGAACAAAAGGAGAAAAUUAAAGAACAAAAGACGACGCUCAUUACCACGACCACAUGAUUUCUUCGAUGCACAAACACUGGAUGCGAUAAGACAUCGAGCCAUAUGCUUUAACCUCUCAGCUCAUAUAGAAAGUUUAGGGAAGGGACACAGUGUUGUUUUUCAUAGUACUGUAAUAGCUAAGAGAAAAGAGGAUUCUGGAAAGAUAAAACUUUUGCUUCAUUGGAUGCCUGAAGACAUUCUGCCUGACGUGUGGGUGAAUGAAAGUGAACGACAUCAAUUAAAAACUAAAGUAGUUCAUUUAUCAAAGCUACCCAAAGAUACUGCCUUGCUUUUGGAUCCAAACAUAUACAGAACAAUGCCGCAGAAGAGGUUGAAGAGAACUCUGAUAAGAAAAGUGUUCAAUUUGUAUUUAAGCAAACAGUGAACGACAUUUGCAAUCAACUAAAAAUUCGUCUAUCGAAUUAGGGCUGAAAAUUUCUGUUAAAGAGUGUUGCAGUAUGUCUGGUGGCUCCCUUUUCAGGACUAGGGUUUUCUCAUGGAGUACAGUAUGUUAAUAUUUACCUAUAUAACUAAUCUGUUAACGGUUUUUGAAAAACCUCUAUUUCAAAUUAUUUGAAUAAUCCUCAUAUUUUCAUUUUAACCUAUAUAAGCCUCUAAUUUUUUUUUUUUCUGAGGAAAGCAUUUGGUUUAUGAGUUGUUUUUUCUUAACAUAAGAAAAAUUGUAUUCUUUUUUUUUUUUUUUUUUUAAGCUUUUUCAAACUGAAUCCUUUAUGCACCAAAGUUGGUUUUGAAAAGGAAAAUAAAAUCACUUUCUUGCUUGGUAAGCAAGAAGCCAUAUGGAUUUUUUUUUUAACUUACAGAAAUGGAAAUAUGUGUAACUUGUUAGUAUUGUAUCAAACAAAUGUUGCAUAGAGAUAAUAGAACAUUGCUUGUAAAUAAUUCAGCAGAUUUGUAAUAUAUUUUUAUAUUAUGAAAUGUACUGUAGAUGUUUUUCUAGAGGCAUGAAAGUUAAAUGUAUAUAUUAUGGGUAGAAAUAAUAUUGAAGGAUAUUGUAAUUCACUAGUGCUGCCAGAGGAAUUGUUAAUAAAGCACCUUCUUUAACAAUAAAUGUCUUUGCAGACUUAAGGGACUAUGUACUACUGUUAAUAUCUAUAAGAACAAAACACAUUGAACAUCCUUCCAGAAAGUCUUUGAGGGAGGACCUAUACCCAUAAUAGAAUUAUGGCACUCAUUUCUGACAGUGACCGUGAAAUCAAUUAUUUCCUUACUGUUGGAAGGACAUAUUGUAAAGUAUAUGUGGUUAUAUGCAGUCAAACUGCAGAAAAUACUCCUGAUUGAGGAGUUUUCACUUUACUACAGUGAUAGAAAAACCAGCAAUUUUUACACUAAAUUUUUUAAAGAAAAGAAUAGACAAAAAUAUAGAAUUAAGCCUUUGGUUCCAAAAUGGGAAAGGUUCCAUGAUACAUAAAUCAUUUCUCAUUUACUUUAAAAAAUUUUAAAAAGAAUAAUUAUGGGAGACUUUAUUCGUUAACAGUGGGGUUAAAGAGCUAUAUACAUGAAAUGAGUCAUAAAAUUAAAUGAAGUGCAAAUAAAAGCACUGCUACUAGAAGACAUUCUGGAAUGGUUGUUUAAUAAGGGUAUUAUCCAUUUGAUCUGUAGCAAAUGUGAUUUUAUUUUUGAAAAGAGAAAAGCAGUGUGUUUUACUUUUUUUUUGUUUUCUUUUGCUUAAGCACUUCAUCAAUUGCUUUAUUCUGUAUCUACGAAGUAAUCUGCAAUCUCCUUUGUUCUUUUAAAAUUUUGAUUUGUUAUAAAAUUGCCAAAUAGAAGUGUUUCAGAUAUAUAGUUUGUACCUGUAUUUUUUAUUUUAUUGCCUCAUGUUCUUGUAAGUCAUUCUUAAUUGACCGAUGAUUGUAGACCUUGCCUGAGUAUUUUUUCUAAUAAAACAAAGCAAAUCACAUUUAGCUUCAGAAUUGUAACAAUUCAAUUAAAUUUUAAAACGACAUCUGAAAUACACAUCUCAUAUUUUCUUUAAGGGCACAGCAAAUAAAUUAGUUUUUUCAUUGUUUGGAAAUAUUUAGAUGUCAGAAUCAAAUUUCAUGGUUAUUGAUUAGCUAGCCUCUGAGUACUCAAUCAGUCAUGGUACUUUGCUGCUUAUCUGACUUUGGUCUGAUACUAUAUAUUAACACACCAAAAAGAAUAUGGAAUUAAAAUGAAAUAGUUUUAUAACUUGUAUAUAUACAUGUAUACACACAUGCAAUUAAGAUUGGGAAAUAAGUGUGAAAAUUUUAACCAAAAAUAGUUCAUUUAGUGAUGUUUACCAUUUAUAUUCUUCCUUCUUAACCCCCAUAUAUGACAUAUUUGGAAUAUGGCACCUGAAAUUAUUAGUCUCUUAUUCAGAAUCCAUUGUAUAGUUCAGCAGCAGGCAAACUGCAGCCCACAGGCGUAUCCAUUCAUGUCCGUGUUGUCUGUGACUGCUUUCUCCCUGUAGUGGCAGAGUUGAGUAGUGAGAACGUAAGGCCUGCAAACCCAAAAUACUUAAUCUCUGACCUUUUAAGGAAAAAUUUGCCAGUUCCCGGUAUAGUCGAUAAAAUUUUUGAAAAAUAAACCUAGGCCACACAAAUUAAUCUACAUUUUAAUCUUAUAGUACUAAUUUGGUAAUAAGCCAGUACAGUAAAUUUCAGUGAAAGUCAUUUAUACUUUUCAGUAAAUAUUGCUAUAUUAGGUACCUGCAACAAAUGGUGUUUUUAAAAAAAUUUUACAUUGAAUUUCUUAAUAGUUACCAACAUUUCACCAUUUGCGUUUUUGUAUCCUUAGGACUAAAUGAGAUUUUGUAAAUCAGAUUAUGUUUAAAUCAUAAGGCACAUCUCCUCUAUAUAAAAGAAUUUUGGAAGUGGAAAAUAUUGUAAAAUUUAAAGUUGUUUAUUUUUCUAAUAAACUUUUUCCUAUAUAAA